AUGAAAAACUAUUCGACCCCGGUGCCAGCACGCCUCGACGAUGACGAUGAGGACAAAUCCAAGGGCCAGCCGUCAAUUCAGGUCGACAAGCACCUGUUUGAAGCGCGAACUGUUCUGAUUACCGGACCAGUGAGCCAGGACAUGGCGCGCGAUGUUUGUGCGCGCCUUCUGGCCCUUGCACAGGUCUCCAAUGAUCCGAUCACGGUGAUCGUUUCUUCUCCGGGCGGGCACGUUGAAUCAGGUGACAUGAUCCAUGACACGAUCAAGUUCAUCGCACCCGAAGUGCGCAUUCUCGGCAUGGGAUGGGUGGCAAGUGCCGGUGCAUUGAUCUACGUGUCAGUUCCCAAGGACAAGCGGUUCUGCACACCCAAUACCCGCUUCCUCCUGCAUCAACCGUCCGGUGGAGCCGGCGGCAUGGCAUCGGAUAUCGAGAUCCAGGCCAAGGAAAUCAUCAAGAUGCGGGAUCGACUCAACAAGAUUUUCGCCGAUGCGACCGGUCAACCGAUUGAACGAAUUGAAAAAGAUACGGACCGCGACUACUGGAUGAGUCCGGAAGAAGGCAUCGAAUACGGCCUUGUGGGCAAAGUCGUUACGAGUGUCGAAGAACUGGGCUGA